AUGCAAGAGACCUGGUCACAGGAUGAAGUGGCAGAUGGCCUUAAGAAGCUGCCGGCACAACUGGGGGCUUUGCGAACAAGAAACAUCCUCAAGAAGCCAGAAGUGAACUUCAGCAGUUCAAGUUUUCUACGUCAAUCCAAAAAUGAUCUUGACAGCUGCGCCGAGGCGUCAGCCUCCUCGGGCCUUGGUGGGGAAAGCGGUUCCCGGGGAAAGGCAGGUCCAUCUGCACGGAGGCCCGGGGCUCGCUCGGGGCGCAGGUUCCGGGGGGCCCCGCAGCGCCGCCGCCAUCUUGCGUGCGGCGGCGCCGACAUGCGGCGGUGCGGCCCGGGCGCCGCGCUGGGCCUGGCGCUGGUGCUGGCGGGCAGCGGCCUGCUGGGCGCCCGGGGGCGGGCGGCGGCGGCGCCGGGGCGGCCCGGGCGGCAGCCGGAGGCCGCGGCCGAGAGCUGGCGGGCGGCGCAGGGCGGUAGGCCGCACCCCGCUGGCGGGCGGGCCGACCCCAGGGCCCUUCCCCGUCCCCCGGGCCCGGCGGCGGCGGCGGCGGGGCCGUGCCGGGAGCCCGCGCUGCGCCCCCACGCCGGGGUGCAAGUUAGUGCUUCGCGCCGGGGAGAAGCGUUAGUUCAGCCCGGCCGGUGGCCGGAAUCGUCCCCACCAGUCACAGGACGCGAUUUCGUGGAUUUCGAUUGUGGAAUAGCGCCACUCAGGGAUGUGUUGGAAGGGUCUCGAAUUAUAGGAGGCACGGAUGCCCAGGCUGGCUCUUGGCCUUGGAUAGUUAGCCUGCAAAUUCAGGAUGGCGAUCUUCUUGUUCAUAUAUGUGGUGGAACUCUAGUGAAAGAGAGGUGGGUCCUCACAGCUGCCCACUGCACUAAAGAUGCUAAAGAUCCUUUAAGGUGGAGAGCAGUGAUUGGAACCAAUAAUAUACGUAUCAACCAUCCAUAUAGUAAGAAGAUAAAGAUUACAGCAAUCUUCAUCCAUCCAAAUUUCAUUUUGGAUACAUUCACAAAUGAUAUUGCACUUUUUCAUCUAAAAAAAGGCGUGAAGUAUAAUGACCAUAUUCAGCCUAUUUGCUUACCUUUUGGUGUUUUUGAAAAACUGGACCGAAAUACAACAUGUUUUAUUAGUGGCUGGGGAAGAACCAAAGAAGGAGGUAAUGGUACAACCAUCUUACAGGAAGCAAAAGUACACUUCAUUUCUCAGGAAAUUUGUAACUCUGAAAAGGGUUAUGGGGGAUAUAUCCCCAACACUUCAUUUUGUGCAGGUGAUGAGGACGGAGCCUUCGACACUUGCAGGGGUGAUAGUGGAGGACCUUUAAUGUGCUACCUACCGGACCAUAAGAGAUUUUUUGUAAUGGGGAUUACCAGUUACGGAUAUGGCUGUGGGCGAAGAUAUUUUCCUGGUAUCUACAGUGGGCCAGCAUUCUACCAAAAGUGGCUGAUGGGUCACUUGUCGCAGGGAAGCACUAAGGGCAUGUUCAAUGUAGAUAUUUUACUGGGGCAGACCCUCAUGGCUUUCGGUUCCAUCAUCUUACCAGCAACCACAUAAGAAGCUCUGAAGACUGCAGUGUCUUCCUUUGUCAUUCUGUCCCCUCUACGUCCUACGUGGUGAAGAUCAUUCUUUUAAUCUCUCACCUUGGAGUUCUCAGGUGAACAUGUUGUUUUGCAACAGAUUGUGACAUAUACAAUUGCAAAUGUGGCACUAAAUCAUCACAUGCCUCCUUGAUAGAACUGGAUUGUUUUACUUUAUAAUCAUAAUUCUGAAUUUGAACUU